GACCCUGUGGCUGGGGCUGUUGCAGCCUCGAUUGCCCGGCGGGGGAUCGGAGCCAAACUGUCAUCGUCAGAAUGUCGGGCAAAGACCGAAUUGAAAUCUUUCCCUCGCGCAUGGCACAGACCAUCAUGAAGGUUCGAUUAAAAGGAGCACAGACAGGUCGAAACCUCCUGAAGAAAAAAUCUGAUGCCUUAACUCUUCGAUUUCGACAGAUCCUAAAGACAAUAGAGACUAAAAUGUUGAUGGGUGAAAUGAUGAGAGAAGCUGCCUUUUCACUUGCUGAGGCCAAGUUCACAGCAGGGGAUUUCAGCACCACAGUUACCCAAAAUGUAAAUAAAGCCCAAGUGAAGAUCCGAGCUAAGAAAGAUAACGUAGCAGGUGUUACUUUGCCAGUGUUUGAACUGGCAAACCUUCAUUACCAUGAAGGAACUGACAGUUAUGAACUGACUGGGUUAGCCCGAGGUGGGGAGCAGUUGGCAAAAUUAAAGAGGAACUACGCCAAAGCAGUGGAGUUAAUGGUGGAACUGGCUUCGCUUCAGACUUCCUUUGUUACUUUGGAUGAAGCCAUUAAGAUAACCAACAGGCGUGUCAAUGCCAUUGAACACGUCGUCAUUCCCCGGAUUGAACGUACCCUUGCUUAUAUCAUCACAGAGCUGGAUGAGAGAGAGCGAGAAGAGUUCUAUAGAUUAAAGAAAAUACAGGAGAAGAAAAAGAUUCUCAAGGAAAAAUUUGAGAAGGACUUGGAGCAACGGAGGGCAGCUGGUGAGGUGAUGGAGCCUGCUAAUCUUCUGGCUGAAGAGAAGGAUGAAGAUCUUCUGUUUGAAUAAUCUUUCCUGCUCUGGUUCUUUCAUAAGCUCUAACAUGGCACCAUUUUAAUUCACAGUGUGUAGGUUUGGUAUGUGUGGCUAUUUUUUGGCCUAAGAAUUUCACUGGUGGUAAAAUUUCCCUGGAUGUUGGUUAUGGGACUA